UCAGGAAUCGUUUAUGCCUCAGAAAUUAUUAGAAAUUUAAUAUGUUGAAGUAUUUUUUAUUAUAUUUUAUGUUUACAGUUCAAGGACAUUCUUUAUCCCUUGAAGAAGACGACAAGCAUACUUAUGCGAAAAAGAACGCAGAGCGAGUUGUGGGAGGUACGGCAGCACCUGACGGCGCGGUACCCCAUCAGGUAGGGAUUAGAGUACCCAAAGAAGACAAUUGGCUCUUCUGUGGUGGUGCUAUUAUCGACAAAAGAUGGAUCAUGACGGCUGCACAUUGUCUCGUUAGGAGGAAACCAAAGGAUGUUAUAGCUGCAGCAGGUACAAAUCUAAGACGUGGAGGAACAGAAUAUAAAAUCAGUAAAUUAAUAAUUCACGAGAAGUACGGCCGUAAAUCUUUCGCCAACGACAUCGCACUGAUGUUAACUGAAGAAGAGAUUCAGUUCUCUGAUAAAGUUAGGCCUGUCGAACUAGCCUCAAGGAAUACAGACGCAGGUGCAAACUGUUUGCUUACCGGUUGGGGUUAUACGAAUCAAAAGGGAACUAAAAUACCAGUUAAACUGCAAUGGCUGAACGUAACAGCUUUAUCUAUUAAUAAUUGCCAGAAACAAUUAAAGGCAUUCCAAAAGAAGAAUCCAUUUACCAAGAAACAGAUAUGCACCCUGACCAAAAGAGGAGAAGGAACAUGUCAGGGUGACUCUGGUAGUGCUCUGAUAGAGAAAGGCGAGGCAGUCGGUGUGGCCUCCUACAAUCUGCCCUGUGCCUAUGGAGUUCCUGAUGUCUUCACAAGAGUUUACGAAUAUCUCGAUUGGAUUAAGGCUAGAAUGGAAGAAAAUAGUUCAAUUCUAUCUAAGGGGCCUUUUGAACCAGAUACAAAGAUCAUCGGUGGCACAGACGCUCCUGAUAGUGCAAUACCAUACCAAGCGUCUUUGAGGAAUGGAAUUCAUCACUUUUGCGGAGCAACUGUUAUCGGCAAAAGAUGGGUUAUCACAGCUGCUCACUGUGCUAUUGAAUUUCCAGCGGAUGUCAUCCAAGUGGUAACGGGUACAAACAGUAUUGUAAAAGGCGGUGAUAGGUAUUCAGUCGAGAAUGUGCUCAUUCACGAGGAUUUCGACCCAUCCACUAUAUUGAAUGACAUCAGUCUUAUUAAAGUGAAUGAAGAUAUUAAGUUCAGUGAACGAGUGAAACCUAUAGAUAUCGCUGACGGUCCAUGUUCAAUUGGAGAUAAUGUUCUACUUACUGGUUGGGGUCGAACAACGAGUGGCGACGAUCCUAUCCCAACGAACUUACAAAUGGUGAACCAAACUGUGAUGAUCUUAAAAACUUGUCAAUAUAUGCUAAGGAACGUGAACGAGAUAACUGAAAAACAAUUAUGCACAUUUACUCCCACGGCAAAGGGAGCUUGCCAGGGUGAUUCUGGAGGACCAUUAGUUCUAGAUAACAAGUUGGUUGGAGUUGUUUCUUGGGGUGUCGACUGCGAUCUUAAUUACCCAGAUGUGAACACAGAUGUAUGGAGCUAUGUCUCUUGGAUUAAAAAUAAGAUAGAAAAUUAUUAAAGUAAUAAAUCCCUUGCAACAUAUAUUUUGUGUUUUUAUAAAAAAUCUGCUGGGCUGAAAAGUUAAUACGAGAUCUCGUGGGAUUAAGAAUUACGACCUCAAAAACCAAUUGUUUGAACACGAUGAAAACUGCUAAUUGUUUCAAGAUACGACGUUAUUUUAACACUGGUUGGCACCAAUGUAGACUGAGUGAGCGCCAUGUUAUUCUUCGGGAUUGAUCUGGAAAAUUGGCACGAGAUCUUGCGAGAUCCCGAUCGAGAUUGCAUUCCCUAGCUUAAACGGACUUUAACAUGUAGUGGUCAUCAUAAUCAGUUGGAAUUUGAGCUUAAUUUAAUAUA